GUGGACACCUUCAAAGAAACAGAGGCCAACGCCGGACGCCCAGUUAGAGGAAGGCAGAUUCUCUUCAGGAUUCACAACUACUUUGCGACGAACGCUCAGCAUGGGGCGGUGUAUGACAUGGAAGAUUUGCUUUCAGUCACGUUACUCAAUGAGAAUCUUCUCACCUUCAUGCGAAAUUGGGAUACGGUGUUGUCGGGGAUUCCCAAAACCCCUGAAGCAUCAUUCCUCGAACCACUAUUUCACAGACAGGUCAAGAAGGUCAAAGCUCUCUCGCAUGACAUCAACAUCUAUGAAAGAGCUCUUGAAGGUUCCAAAGAACGGUCCUACAGUUUCCUGUAUGAUGCUGCUAAUGCGCACCUCAACAGGAAGCGCCUUGAACGCAACCGGGAACGGAUGGCUCGACAGACGGGUGACCAGUGUAAGUACAAGCACCAGACUCCGGUCAAGGGACGCGGCGGUAUCCCUGCUGCUGUGUGUCUCCUCAGUGCUCUUGUUGCUGGUUCGGCCACCCAAGCCGAUGCUUUCUCCCUCCGGAAGGAGUGGACGGACCAGAUCACCAAUUGCACGUAUCCCUAUAGUCUGGCGCUACCAGCGGUAAAUUUCAGCUCUGAAGUCGAUUACCUUAACAUUCCUGUUAGUGAUCCCAACGCGAGGUUCACUCCAAUAUCGCCCACCAACCGUAAGCAUCGAGGAGAAAAGCCUUUGGAUUUUGUCCCAGAAACCAGAGCAGACUCCAUCCGAGAGGCCCAGAUGUCAGCGAAGAUGCUGAAAGCUUCCAUCUCUACCAAGGACGAUGUUCCGGCCUGCCGCUGGGAGUGUGAUUCGGAGAUUGGAUGUAAUCACUGUAUCCCAAAGGGUCUUAGAAUGUCGUGCCCUGCUAAGACUAAAGGGUCCUCCAAGAUGCUUAACCUUGAAUGGAUUGGCGACACCGGGAGUGCACAAGACCUAAUCGCUGAAAGAGAUCUUCAGCAUUUGAAGGCUUAUGAGUCUGAACAGCCAAUCAACAUCAUGACCGCGAACGGUCCCAGCUCCGCUGACAAGCAAUGUGAUGUCGACGUUCCGUCGAUUGCUAUUUCUGCCAAGCCUUAUGUGCUGCCCGACACUCCUUCAGUCCUCUCCAUAGGACAGCGUUGCAUGGAGCAAGGUUUCGAUUUCAUUUGGAGAGCCUGUACUCGCCCUUACUUGAAAACUCCUGAGGGUGAAAGAGUUUUCCUUGACGUUCGAGAUAACGUGCCUUUCCUCAAAUCGUGGAAGGAGGGCACUGCCUGCCCUGCGCGUGAAUCUAAGUCCGAUGAGAUUCAGUCGGUUGCCAGAGGUGAAAUGCCUGAUCGCAGCUCUGAAGAGAUUGCUUUGCAGCUUCUGGAGAAGCACGACUUCUCGGUCCAUAAGGAUGUGAACAAUCACAAAGACCAUCUCAACGUUACGAUUGCCGUGGGAGAGUUUUCCAAUGGUCAGUUUACCAACUUGAUAACCAGGUCCGAAGGUGCGGCACGGGUGCGAGCCAUUCUAGAUGGUUCUCGCCCUGCUCCGCCCUCUGACGAGGUGCGUGCUGAACCGGACAUUGGUCCUCCUGCCCCGGCAGCGGCCGAUGCCCCCGAUGGGGAAGAUUCGCGUCUUGCACUUGUGGUUAAGGAUGUUGCCACUUGUUUCAUGUAUGCAUACCCUGCUGCAUUGAAGUCGGAAGACGAAUGCCUCGUGGCGCUCCAGCACUUCGCAUCCGCGAAGGACAAUGUGGAGACUUUCUACAGCGAUAAGUCUAGGGAACUUGAGGCUGCGGCCAAAACGCUCGGCUGGCGCCAUGAGCUCUCUAAGGCUUAUAUCCAUCAGUCCAACGCUGUUGCUGAGCGUGCUGUGCGAGCCACCACUGAGGGCACUCGCACCAAUCUCAUUCAAGCUGGCAUUUCGCAGGUUUACUGGCCGUUUGCCCUUGAGCAUGCAUGCACUGCCUACAACAUCAGCAAUCCGGGGGGCAAAGAGUAUACUCCUUGGUUCAAGCGUUUUGGUGUUGCAUUUCCUGAAGAACCCCUUCCUUUCGGUUGUAGGAUCGACGUUUGGGUUGGUCCGAAAGCCCAGCGCAAGGGUAGAGACAGAUUCGAGCCUACCAGUGAGCCUGCGAUUUUUAUGGGAUACAAGUUCCAGCCUGGUAUGAAAUGGCGCAAGGAGGUCUUUGCAAUUCAUCUCAAGCAGCUGAACAAGCAUGAUUUCCACGAGUGCCUGAAGCCAGUUAUUGCAUCGCAGUACAAGCUCACUGAUGGUAAGAUUGUUUUUCCCAUGCGUGAGAGGUAUGAAAGGGUUCAAGCAGGUCUCGCAUCAGAUGCUACUGAAGGACCUGUCAGUCAAUCGCUCACCAAUCAGGACGCUGAAGCUGCCGAUGAGCAACCGCCUGCACCCGCAGACCGAGAGGUCGAGCCGCCCAAGAAGGUACUUGAUCCUAAGACGGGGAAAGAAAUUGAUCUCCCUGAAGGGGGUCGGUACUAUGAUUCGGGGGGUACUCUUGGUAGAAAGUAUGGAGGCACCAGAGGUUCUAAGAAGCCCGAAUCCAUUCCCUCAUACCUUUGGGUCAACAUGUCCAAGAAACAGAAGGAGAAGGCCAUUGUUGAUGAGGCACGCGAGCAAGCAUUGCGUGAUAUGGAGACUCCUACCGAGGGUUCAGCCGGUAGCUCCUCUGCCGCCGCCGCCGCAGCACCUGCUGCGAGCAAGGACCACUGGGAGGUCCGACUGAACGAAUGUAAGCUAAUACGCUAUCAUUAUGUUCCCAGAAGAGAAAUGUUCUCACCGGAUAUCACAGAUUGUCCGAUUGAACUAUCGCGCAUCUCUAAGCAACGGAGUACGACUAUCAUUCCCGUAGGUGGUGUUGAUGUCAUCCAUGAGGACGAUGAUUGGAAGAACGUUAGGAAGCGGAACAAAAAGACCAGUUUCAAGUGGAUCGGCAAGACUGAGUUCAUUCUGGACAGAAUCCACAGUCCCGCUCCUGACGGAGAUGGUAAGGAUGCAUUCCCUGCCAUGCCUACUGUACCUCAUGAGCCCGAGCAUCGUGAAAAGAUUUCCAGCAACCUUCCUGUCUCAGAGGACGAGGUACGAGAGCUUUUUGCUCUUGUCGCAAGGCCUGUCGGUCGCAGAGAAAUCCUCGAGGACCCGAAGGCCCAGGCUGCCCUUGAUGUCGAAUGGAACAAAUUAAUGGUUAAGAAAGCCUGGGACAUGGGAUCUGUUCGGGAAUGGAAAGACGUCAGUGACGAAGCCAUCAAAAAGGGGAAAAAGGUUCAUGUUGGAAAAGUUUUCGAGAUCUGCGUAGAAAAGGGAAGUGAGCUUCCCAAAGGCGACCCACAACGAAAAUUCAAGGGUCGAACUGUGUUCCAAGGGAACAACGUCAAAGAUGAAAAUAGUGAUCAGGCUCUUUUCAGUGAGCUCGGAUCCAGUCCCGCCACGAUGGAGGCUGGGAAAGCGCUUGACGCCUAUGGGCACGCACCUGGCAACGACUGUCAGCAGGCCGACGGCAAACAAGCAUACACCCAAACCACGCUCAAGGGAAAGGAAACAUGGGUUAGGCUUCCGCCUGACCGAUGGCCUUCAGAGUGGAAGGGAAAGUACAAAGAUCCUGUCGUGCGGCUGACGCUGGCACUCUACGGUCAUCCUGAUAGCGGGGGUUUCUGGGAGUUACGCUGUGAAAAGAUGUUAGGCGAGGUCUUGACAGUCAUGGGCGAGUUCUGCAACGCUUUCUUCUUCGUUGAGCUUUGCCUCCGCCUUUGGUGUUACCGGAGCCAUUUCUUCUAUGGCGAGGAUUACGGCUGGAACUUGUUCGACUCCUUCCUGGUGGUCUCCUCCGUCCUGGACGUCAUCUUGACCUACACGGCGGCGGACAUCUCCCCAGCCCUCGCCGCAAGCAUGAAGAUGUUGAAGCUCUUCAGGAUCAUGCGUGUCUUCCGAGUCUUUCGCUUCUUCAGAGAGCUCGGGAACUGGGCGAUGAUGAUCAUCGACUCCCUGAAGUCGCUUUUCGGAGCGCUGAUCCUUCUCGGUAUCAUCGUUUACGUGUUUGCAGUGAGCCUGUCAAUGAACACGGCGGACUGGCUCAUCCAACAGGACUCAGCAGGCCCUAUGGACCGUGGGCUCUAUGAGGAGGUGGAUAACUGGUUCGGCUCGCUCGGCUCCACCGUGUACACCUUGAUGCUGUCGAUCCUUGGGGGCGUGAGCUGGCACAUUGUCUGCGACGUCCUCUUCAAGAUCGACAUACUCUCAGCGUGCCUUCUGCUCUUUUACAUCAUGUUUACCAUCUUCUCGGUGCUGAACGUGAUCACAGGAGUCUUCGUGGACUCAGCCAUCCAGACCACCAACUCGCAGCGAGACAUCCAGAUCGAGCGCGAGCUCGAGCUCAAGGACUCCUUCCUCAAGUCCCUGAAGGACUUCUUUGAGGCCUUAGACACGGAUGGCAACGGCGCGAUCCAUUUGGAUGAGAUCAAGAUCAUGCUGCAGGACCCGACCCUCGCCGCAUACUUUGCCGUACUCGGCUUCGACGAAGUGAACGCGCACCAGAUCUUCCACCUGCUCGAUGACGACGAGUCUGGCGAGGUGAGCAUACAGGAGUUCCUGGACGGCUGCGCGAAGCUGAAGGGCCAAGCCCGCAGCAUUGACGUUCACGCGAUCAUGCACCAGUGCAGGGCGCUCCACCGGGACAUCAGCUUCGUUGGCUCCCAGCUGGGGGUGGACCUGCACCAGGCGGCGCACGCGAGCCGGCAAUCGCAUUGGUUUGGUCGCAACACACAGACUUCCGUCCUGACGGCCGCAGCCGUCAAGCGCCUGACCAGCUCAGGCGCACACGUUGAAUAG